AUGAAUGACACAAGCAGCAGCAACUCGAAGAUCCCUCACAUUGCGGUAAUUGGCAUUGGUGCCAUGGGCGGUGGUAUGGCCCGGGCACUGUUGGAUUCGAACGUGUCCCACAGGGUUGAUGCCUACGAUCGGGCCCUACCGCUCGUCGAGGCUUUUUACCGUGACGCCCAAAAACUCGGCAAGGCCGCAACGGACGGCCACUCUCCCACGAAACUAUCACAGGUUGUCACGAAAGAAACCUCCCUGGUCUUGGUGGUCCUGCAGAACGAAGCCCAGUGCGAACAAGUCUGUUUUGGAACCGGAUCACCCCAAGCCAACGACGAAAACGACAACUUACGUUCGUUGCUCUCGCACGGAUCCUGUGUAAUAGUCUCAUCCACCGUUACAGCGACUUGGAUUCGACAGGCUUGUACCAAAUUCCGCGAGGCUGGCAUUCUCUGCGUCGAUUGUCCCGUCAGUGGCGGACCCGUCCGUGCCCGAGACGGGCAACUCACCCUCAUGGCGAGCGGCGACGACGACAGUCUCGCCGUCGCUCGGCCCCUCCUCGACGCACUCGCCAGUCAAGUACACGUCAUUGACGGCGGUGCCGGUAUGGGAUCCACCGUUAAAAUGGUCCACCAGCUCUUGGCCGGCGUCCACGUCGUCGUCGCGGCCGAGGCCUUGGCCCUCGCCGCCAAAGCCGGACUGGACGUUGUGCAAGUCUACGAAAUUGUCAACGGCGCCGCUGGUGCCAGUUGGAUGUUUCGGGAUCGUGGAGAGCGCAUGAUCGCGGCCGGGGACGGCGACGUCCCGGUAAAUUCGCAGGCACAGAUCUUUGUCAAGGAUUUGGACAUUGUCCACGCCGAAGCGAAAAAGUUGCAGUCGCCGAUUCCCAUCGCUUCGGCCGCGCUACAGCAGUUUAUUUCGGCGCAAAGUCUGGGAUUGAGUGAACGGGAUGAUUCGCAAGUAGUGAAAGUUUACGAGAACGUGACG